GGCCUUUGCAGAUGUUUUUUGGUCAUCCGGAGAAAAAUGAGCCUUGGCCUCUAGACCCAAUAAAGCAAACAUUCCUCCCAUGGAGACUAGCACUGGUUCCUAAGGACCUGAAGGGCCUGCAGCCCCAGGGGGAUUAGCCAAAAGCAGGCUUGUUUUCUGCUCAGAACAGAGUGGCUGCCCUGAACACAUCUUUCAUUAUGAUUCACACCAACCUGAAGAAAAAGUUCAGCUGCUGCGUGCUGGCCUUUCUCCUGUUUGCAGUCAUCUGUGUGUGGAAGGAGAAGAAGAAAGGGAGUUACUAUGAUUCCCUUAAGUUGGAAACAAAGGAAUUCCAGCUGUUGAGAGGUCUGGAGAAACAGGCUGUGACUUUGAGCAGCACUCAGAAGUCCCCCAGGGGCCGCCAGGCCCUCAGCAAUCCCCGGGGCCCAGCCAAGGCCAAGCCUGAGGUCUCCUUCCAGGUAUGGAACAAAGACAGCUCUUCCAAAAACCUCAUCCCCAGGCUGCAGAAGAUCUGGAGGAAUUAUCUGAAUAUGAACAAGUACAAAGUGUCCUAUAAGGGGCCAGGGCCAGGUGUCAAGUUCAGCGCAGAGGCCCUGCACUGCCACCUCCGGGACCAUGUGAAUGUCUCCAUGGUAGAGGCCACAGAUUUUCCCUUCAACACCUCUGAAUGGGAGGGUUUCCUGCCCAAGGAGAACAUCAGGACCAAGGCUGGGCCAUGGGGCAGGUGUGCAGUUGUCUCAUCAGCCGGAUCGCUGAAGUCCUCCCAGCUGGGCCGAGAAAUAGAUGAUCAUGAUGCAGUCCUGAGGUUUAAUGGGGCGCCCACAGCCAGUUUCCAACAAGAUGUGGGCACGAAAACCACCAUUCGCCUGAUGAACUCUCAGCUGGUCACCACUGAAGGGCGCUUCCUCAAAGACAGUCUGUACAACGAGGGAAUCCUAAUUGUGUGGGACCCUUCUGUUUACCAUUCAGAUAUCCCAAAGUGGUACCAGAGCCCCGACUACAGUUUCUUCGAGAACUAUAAGAGCUACCGAAAGCUGCAUCCCAACCAGCCCUUUUACAUCCUCAAGCCCCAGAUGCCUUGGGAGCUGUGGGACAUCAUUCAGGAAGUCUCCCCAGAGGAGAUUCAGCCCAACCCCCCAUCCUCUGGGAUGCUUGGUAUCAUCAUCAUGAUGACGCUAUGUGACCAAGUGGAUAUUUACGAGUUCCUCCCAUCCAAGCGCAAGACCGACGUGUGCUACUACUACCAGAAGUUCUUUGACAGUGCCUGCACAAUGGGCGCCUACCACCCACUCCUCUUUGAGAAGAAUCUGGUGAAACACCUCAACCAAGGCACAGACGAGGACAUUUACCUGCUGGGAAAAGCUACACUGCCUGGCUUCCGGAGAAUUCGCUGCUGAACAUCGGCUCCCUGCUCAGGUCCCCUAGCCCUUCUCCACCAAGUCUGGGCAGAUCACGUUCCUGAACAAUCCAGCCUGCACGGUGGGCCUUCUGUCAAGAAAAGCCUCAGGCUGCAGGAGUCCCAACAGCAAGCAGCCAGGUCCAGCCAGGUCCAGCCUGCCCCGUAGUUGCAGAGGUGUGUGAGCCCAAAGCCUCCCGCCACACACACAUACACACACAC